AUCAACACAAAUGGUUAAGGAAAGGUUUAAGCCUCGAAGCCUGCCCAGUUUAGGAAAAAGAGGAAAGAAGAGGAGAAAUGCACAAAAGGAAGUCAAGUCAAGUGAAGAUGGCGGACCAGUCGUUGCUAUCCGAGUCAGCUCUCGGGUGGUCAAUUUUCACCCUUGUAUUUCUGGUUAUUCUGGCCUUCUGUUGGGUCUACAUCCGAAAGUACCAAAGCCGCCAGGAGAGUGAGGUCAUCUCAACCAUCACGGCCAUAUGUGCUUUAGCAGUUGCACUGAUAACCUCAGCACUUCUUCCUGUGGAUAUCUUCCUGGUGUCUUACAUGAAGUACCCCAAUGGAACUUACAAGGGCUGGGCUGAAAACAAUGAAACACGAGGCCAAAUUGAAGACACUGUGCUGUAUGCGUAUUACUCGCUUUACUCCAUCAUCCUCUUCUGCGUUUUCCUGUGGAUCCCCUUUGUCUAUUUCUACUACGAGGAGAAGGAUGACGACAACACUGACAAGUGUUUGCAGGUGAAAAAUGCUCUGAAGUACACAACCGGAUUCAUCAUCGUCUGUACAGCUCUGUUGUUAAUUGGGGCUUUCGUUCCUCUUGAAGCUCCACCUAAUCAGAGUGCCACCCAGUGGGAGAAGAUGCAGUAUCUGUUCGAGGAGCUGGGAAACAAGCAUGGUCUGCCCGCCUUGUCUUUCUCCAUCAGUUCCUUGACCUUGAUUGGCAUGCUGGCUGUGAUCACUUACACGGCGUAUGGCAUGUCAGUGCUUCCCCUGAACCUGAUUAAAGGCACUCGCAGUGUGGUUUAUGAACGCCUGGAAAACACAGAGGACAUUGAGGAGGUUGAACACCAGAUCGAAAAGCUCAAAGCCAAGUGUGAGGAUGGGCGUCCUCUGUCGUCACGGGACCGUCGUAACCUCCAGGAGUUUGAGGUCAAGCUGCAGGUGCUCCAGAGACGUGGCAGACAUCUGGAGAUAGCAGAGAGUCACUGUUGCACCAAGGUUGGCUCUGCUCUCAGACCGCUCAAGAUUCUGAUGGGGAUCUUCUUCAUCCUGGUUGCUCUGCUGUUUGUUGUUGCUCUGUUCAUCUCAAAUUUGGACAAAGCUCUUCACUCCGCCGGAAUCAGUUCUGGGUUCAUGGUGUUUGGAACCAACCUGACUAACCCUCUGAAUGAACUCCUUCUGACCCUACAGCCUGUUUUCCCUCUGGAUUAUAUCCUGAUUACCGUCAUUACCAUGUAUUUUGUCUUCACAUCCAUGGCUGGCAUCAGGAACAUGGGCAUCUGGUUCUUCUGGAUACGACUGUACAAGAUCCGACCCAAGAGAACCCGUCCCCAAGCCCUGCUCUUCCUCUGUAUGAUCUUGCUGCUGAUUGUCCUUCACACCAGUUACAUGAUCUACAGCCUGGCGCCCCAGUAUGUCAUGUAUGGAAGCCAGAGAUACCUGCUGCAGAGCCUGGGGCCCAAAGGGAGUCCAACCCUAGGAAACACCACCACAGAGACCACACGGAACUGCGACGCCGAUGCCCCUCAAGACGAAUGCACAGUGACAAGAUCAUACCUUUUUCUCCACAAGUUCUGGUUCUUCAGUACCAUUUACUACUUUGGCAACUGGGUGUUUAUAGCGGUUUUCCUCAUUGGUCUGGUGGUUUCCUGCUGUAAGGGGAAAAGAUCUGUGAUCCAAGGGGAGGUGGAGGCAGAUGACUCUGAUAUGAGUGAAGAUGAAUACAUUCACUGAUUCACCAAGACCACAGUCUACCAGGAGUACCUUCAAAUACGACUGAUGAUCUCUCCAUUACUAUGCGACUGGCUUAGACUGUCCUGGAGUGCCAGAGGGGCGGGGCUUGAAUUUGUUCUGGCAUUUCAGUGGGUUCUGGAAAAGGCAAAAUUAAACUAUGUUCAUAUAAGGUAUUUGAAGUAAACAGUCCAUAACUAGGAUUCUAGUUUUUCUUUCAAAUUUCUUUUUUUUGUCAACGUGCGUUAGUGCUCUGCCGUCUUCUUGGACCAGGAGAUAUUUAGCCAGGAUUGAUGUUAAAAUGUAUGGUUUUAUUAUGCUUUUUGUUGGGAACUGACUUGGUAGAACAUAAUGAUUUGUCAACUAGAAUGUUUAUAUGAAACGAUUCAAUAAAAAUAAAAAAUCUGGAAAUUAUUUAUUCAUUUAAUUUACACAUUUUUCUGGCUUUUACUUCCUGAAAAAACUUUAUCACUGAGUAUUACACAAGGUUGUGACAACACUGACUUAUUAAAAACCAGAAUGAUUGGGGAGUUCCUUUUUGAGUGUAUUUUUUUAUUAUUGCUAACCUUUCUGUUCAGUCAGAUGUCUUGUAUGUGCAGUAUGCAAACCCUGUGUGUGCCCCAAGCGGCACCCCAUUUAAAACAGUGUUCUAUGUAAGUCCACUACACAGGGAAUAGUGCAGCAUUUGGGAUACGGAAUCUAUUCAAAUACUUGGUCUUUGCAUGUUGUUUGAAAUUGAAUCUCGACCAAAACAAUUUCUUUUAGGCUUCCUAACAGAAAUAUUUACUCUUGCAACAUAUUUGUAACUCAUAUUCCGACCUGCUUACUCCCGUCCCAACAACGUGAGUCUUCCGACCGGGGUUUGAAAAGAAAGAGGGUCUUUGGGAAAGUUAGCAGAACAGUGUGACCCUAAGAAAUAUCCAAGGUUGAUCGAGAUUGUAAAACAAGCUUUAUUAAUAGGUCCUGGAAGGAGUGCUAAGAGAGCGUUAUUGGGGGAUAUCGUCCAGGCUUUUCACUGUUUCAUAUUUAUUCUAAUUCCUCACAUUUUUGUUGUCAUGCAUAUUUCUGUAAUAUAUGGCUUGGCCAAAUGUUUAUUUUAGCCUAUAACAGAUUAAAUAUUUUUAAAUGCUUGUCGUAUCCCAUUCAGCAUGUUAACUUACAGCGACCAGUAUGGACAUGUAAAUAUUGUACUGCAUUAUCCACUGAGUUAAAUUAUCUUAUCCUAGGUUUGGGGAGUUAUGGUUGUCACAGCCACUAUGAUCUUGUUUUGUGUUUGGUUUGAUUUAAUUUGACUGUUAUUUGCAGUGAUUGAUUUGCUGUAAUGUUAUCUAAUCACCAAUUGCGCAUGAUAUCGUGACGAUGGAUCACAAUGAUGUCAAUUGACUGUAUGAAUUUUGAAUAAAAUGUGAACUCUGAAA